AUAGCGACUGCUUGUGCUGAGCGUUAUCCAAGCGCACUGAGGUAUACCAGUUAGCGUAGCGUUUCUGUAGGUAACGGGCGCUUGCGCAUACCUACUGCUACUUACUUUAUCUUGAUAACGGCCGUUUGUUUUAUCUAUCCUGCACGACGCCAAUGUUGUUCCAGCGUUAUUGCGCACGUUGAGUGUAACGAAAUCUCGCCAAUUUUUUAUUAAAUUUUUAAAUAGAACGAUAGGUUUAAAAAGCUCCAAGCCAGACAACCCACGGAUCAGUUGGCAGUCGUAAUCAAUUAACGACUGUUCAGGCAGUCGAAAUCGCGCGUUCAGAUUCUGUAAAUUCAAAGAAAUUCGUACAAUUGGAGCGCGUGUGGGUGAUUGUGUGAAACAAAGUGUACUUAGCAAGGACCAAUCAUGCAGCUCAUUAAGAUAGUUUUAGGAUUAGUGGUGCUGAGCUCCUGUGGACCCGAAUCAUCUGUGGGCACUGCAUCGAAAAAGUAUAACCGAUACUUAGCACAUCUCUUCAAUAAGUAUGGAACUGGCGGCACUAUGUCCUUUGAGGGUCUCGAACAUCUCAUGUACAACUUAGGAUUGGGUGGCUUAGAAUUUAGCCCGAAGCACACAAUCGAAGAACACCAUCCAAACGGGUACAAAAUACCCGAAUUCACCCUUGACGAUAACGAUAUCGGCAAUGCUGAUGAUGAAGAGGAGGUCAUUGCUGGCAUUGAUCACGGUCAGAUCAUCAGAGUGACUCAUGUUCAUGACCAUAAUCAUACAAAACAGCAAGAUCCAGUGGAAAAUAACAGCACCAGUGAUAACAGUUCAAAAGGCGCUGAACUCAAAAACAUCCCUGAAGAGAACGUUAAUCCAGACCUGCAAGAUGACUCGAGUAUCUUAUUCUUGGAUGACGACGAUAACAAUAAAUCAACUUUCAAAGAAAUGCACGAUCCCAAACACAGACAUCCUCGUCACCGCGAUGAACACAGUUUACCUACUACUAGUCGAUGUUUGUCUCCGCUUUCACUUAUGAAAUUAGUCAUAGAUCCAGACCACAAUCAACUAGAAGUACAAAAACCGGUGGAACCUCAAAGAUCGAAACGACAUACACCCAAAGCCACCACACUGCCUGUUGCAGGCAUUGAAAAUGAGGAGGACAUCAUAUACACAUCAACCAAAAUCACUCCAACAACGUUUAUGAAAAUCUGUCCAGCUCUUCUGGUUCAAAUCGACCAAGAUGCUUGCGCACAAAUCGUUGAGGAUGAAGGUCCGGAACGUCGACAGGAAGCAUACUAUAUCUCAUGGAUUUACGCAUCUGUUUCGAUAUUUAUCAUUUCAUGCUGCGGUCUGUUUGGAGUAGCAAUAGUUCCAUUAACCAGGUGCAACUCCUAUAAUGAAGUGUUGAAAUUUUUGAUAGCCAUUGCGAUAGGCACGUUAUGCGGCGAUGCCUUCAUGCAUUUGCUACCACACGCCUUGACCCCAGGACACGGCAGCAGACAUUCCCCAAAUAGUCACAGUGACCAUAACGAGCCAGUAUUUCUUUGCGGUUGCGCCUUUUUAACUGCAGUAUUUAUGUACGCUUUGGAAACAUCACUGUCAUCAAUUAAAGGAGCUGAUGGACACAAUCAUGGUCACUCCCAUCAAACCUUCAAGCCCAAGGACGAAGGAAAACAUGUCGACAUCAACAUGGAACACGUGAACCCCGAGAAUAAACAAAAAGAAUUGAAUACAAUGUUAAAUGAAAACAAGCUCGAUGAAAAGGAAAAUCCAGCACUGAGUCCAGUCGCCUUCAUGGUUAUCCUAGGGGAUGGCUUGCACAACCUUACCGACGGAUUAGCAAUAGGAGCGGCAUUUGCUAGUGAACCAGUAACCGGCAUGGCCACUGCUUUCGCCGUCCUUUGUCACGAAUUGCCACAUGAGCUGGGAGAUUUCGCGCUUCUUAUCAAAACAGGAGUUCACAUAAAUCGAGCAAUUUAUUUGAACAUUGUAUCGUCGAUUCUCAGCUUUAUUGGAAUGGCUGCAGGUUUAGUUCUGGCUGAAAUGCAAGCUGAGGCUGUACGUUGGAUUUAUGCGGGAACGGCUGGUUCCUUCCUGUAUAUAGCUCUUACAGACCUCAUUCCCGAGAUGGGCCGUGAUGGUAAAAACGAUUUGAAGAAUUGUUUUAUUCAAACAUUUGGAAUUGCCUUAGGAGGAUUAAUAAUGCUCGUCAUUGCCUUGUAUGAAGAUCAUUUGAGGACCCUUUUCGAAUAAGGACCUAUGAAGAGUACUGUUGUGUUUGUAAAUAAUUGUUGUUGCGUUUUUAUGCUCAAUGUGUGUAAGAUAUAUGUUUGUUAUAGAAACAUAUCCAAUCGCUGUGAAUCUGUAGGUAUUACAAAAAAGUGGAGUGAGUGUAUACAAUUUUUAGUAUUAUUUAUAAACGUUGUUACCUUUGUUAUCGUCUAAGAGAAUUGUGUAUAUUAUACCAUUAUAUUGCUGUUGCAAAAUACAAUGAUAAUCUCAGUUACACUUA